UCUAAAAAUGACUUCUACCAGCGAUUCAGUUCAUACCUCCGUCAAAGAGUACUAUGGCAAAACGCUCGAGACCUCUUCGGAUCUCAAGACAAACGCCUGUUCGCUUGCAUCUGCGCCCCACCCGCUCGUCCUGGACACCCUCCGCAAGAUCCCUCAGGACGUCCUUGGCAAAUUCUACGGCUGCGGCAAUCCGAUCCCGCUGGGUAUUGCUGGGAAGUCUCUGCUUGAUCUGGGCUCUGGCAGUGGUCGCGACUGUUAUGUUGCCGCCUCUCUAGUUGGUCCCGAGGGCUCGGUGACCGGCGUUGACAUGACCGAUGAGCAGCUCUCAGUCGCUCGUGAGAACAUCGAAAAGUACAGUGAGGUUCUCGGAUAUAUGCCCAAGCUCAAAAAGUUGCGCGAGGCCGGUGUUCCCGAGAAGUCCGUUGACAUCUGUAUCUCAAACUGCGUCAUCAACCUGUCACCAGACAAGCCUCGCGUUCUGCAAGGUGUGUAUGACUCGCUGCGUGAUGGCGGUGAGCUGCACUUCUCAGACCUGUACGCUGAUUGCGAAAUUCCUAUCGCCGUGCGUACCGACGAUUCUCUGCUAGGCGAGGGCCUUGCUGGAGCACUGUAUGUCAAGGAGUUUGAGAAGAUUGUGCGCGAUAUUGGCUUUGCAUGCCCACGCAUUCUAGCAGUCUCCCACCUUCAGAUAUACGAUUCUGAGCUCUUGGCUAAGACCAAGGGUAUCAAUUACUAUUCGGUGUUGCAGGCUGAUGAGAACGAACUGGAUCGCGGCCAGACCGCCACAUACAACGGGCAGAUCCAGGGCAAUGAGUGCGAGUACAGGCUGGAUGUCGACAAUGUAUUCAAGCAAGGCGUGCCCGUAAAGGUUAGCGGAAAUACUGCUGCGUUGCUGGAACACUCGUGGCUGAGCAAGUACUUUACCGUCAGUGGACCUGCCGGUGAGAGCGGCGGUCCAAUCGAAACCUCGUCGAUCGAGUCCCUCAUGGACAAGGCACGCUCAGCCACCAGCAGCUGCUCGUCAGUGAAGCCUGCAUGCUGUGGUUCGGCUUAAAUAUUUCAACAGAUAAAAUCUCUA